GACGUUGUUGAAUCGCUGUAUAAGUAGCCGAUGUCCAUGUAGCUAGAAAGGAGAGGCUAAAGUAAAGAUAGAGAAAGAUUUCUUUGAAGGUAUUUUGUCAGAGAUCCUUAAGUCAAAAAUGACAUACCGGAGAGACAGAUCUAUACGAGAGGUCUAUGAUGAUCGUUUUUUACCAGAUAGGCCGGGUCCAUAUCCACGUGUGGCUGGAGGGGCAGAGAGGAGAGGUCCCUUUGGGCGGCCAGAGGAUGACUAUGGCCGCGGUGGCUAUGAAUAUGAAGGAGGUCCUCGCUUUUACCCAAAUGGAGGGGGCCCUCGGGGAUAUCAUGAAGAUCAGAGGGGUUACCAAGGGGAAGGCCAUCAUUUUCCUGUUGAACGCAGAGCUAUUCCACCUUCAAGGAGGGAGGACUAUCCUUACAGGGUACCAAGGGAAGAUCCACACACAGGGCGGCCUAUGGAGUUUAGUGCCAGAGCACCGCCGCAUCACAACGUGCGCAACCAGGGGAUCUAUCCAGCACCCAGAUCACUACCAGAGAGUGGCGAAGACACUUUAGUGCAAGCCAUUCGCAACCUGGACAGAGGUGAGGACCGAGAUCCAUACAGGAGAAAAGCCACACUGUUUCCUCCCAUCAGAGAGCGCUCACCUGUGCGGCGUGACGUGGCCCGCUCCCCCCACAGCCGCUCCGGCUCUAGUGUGAGCAGCAGAGGGUACUCGCCAGACAGAGCCAAGGGCCUUCCCUUUCCAUCACAGCAAGGCAAGAGCGUGGACGGUCCAGAGAGUCACACGGGUGCUUCUGAGCACCUCUGGGGGGCACUCUUUCCUCAACAGAGUGGACAUGACACUUUGGGGUAUGAAGACCCUUGCACCCAGAACCUGAUCAGUGACAAAAUUCCUGGCUUGUCAAGAGAAGGCUCCCCACACAGCGCAACCUCAAACAAGGAUGAGAGCCAUCCCCCAGAAGCAGAAAAAGAGGAGUCAGCGGGGGUUCACGUCGUAGAAGAAAGCCAGAAGUCCACAGACAACUUUCAAGAGAGACGAGCCCUGGCCAUCUCAGCCAAAGCACAGGAGAUAGAAAAGGUGUACCGUCAAGACUGCGAGACUUUUGGGAUGGUGGUAAAGAUGCUCGUGGCUAAAGAUCCCAACUUGGAGAAGCAGCUGCAGGUUCCGUUGAGGGAGAACCUGGGGGAGAUCCGCGAGCGCUGCCUGGAGGACCUCAUGCACUUCAUCAACGAGCUGGACGAGGUGGUCCGGCAGCCGGAGCUCACCGCGGGGGACUCAGCCGCUCCUUCCACGUCACUGACCGCUCAUAAACUCUCAAAGACCGGAGUCAACCACAGCUCGUCUUUCUGAUGAUCCCAGAUCUGCUCCAUUAAAGUGAGACCAGGGAGACUAACGGCUUUUGUUAAAGGAGCGCUGGACUCUGCACAGCAACCCGAGGAAACGGCCAUCACGGGAAUGAACAGUGUUAUUUCUGAAAGAAGUUUUUCUUUGUUUUUGUUUUUUUUCUCCUCAUUUUUCUGGGAAAAUGAUUUUGGAAGAUUCAUGAAGAAAAUUGAGGAAAUUUUACCGACUGUGUUUA